AAAGAAGAACAGUCCUUCAUCCCAUACAGAUUAGCUACAUUAUAUAUUACCAAGAUUGUAAAAGACAUGCACCAGAUGAAAAUUGGGUAUGUGAAGGUAAUCAAAGAGCUGGAGCGUAUAGGAAAAGAAAACCAGGAGCAAGCCAUAACGGCACUGAAAAAUCAAUACACCAACAAAAUGAAGAUCCUGAGAGUCCAUCUAGAAGCCUAUCAGAAGCUGAUAGACAGGAAAAACCAAGACUGGCAAGUCACAAUGAAGAGACUGGAGGAAGAAAACAAUAAACUGAGCCAAGAAAAUGAAGAGCUUGUAACACAAAUAAGAUUGCAAAAGGAGGAAUGGGAUAAUGAAAAGGCUUGUCUACUUAAAAGUACCUCUCAGAAGUUAGACUGUCUUUAUACCCAGCAUACCUUAACUAUAGAAGAGCUUCAGAAGAGUAGGCUGAAUCUAGAAAAAGUACAGAAAAUUCUAAACUUUCAGAUGGACUUACCCUGUGACCAACAAAAAGCAUUAAUUAUAUCAGAUGAGGUAACACAAAAUAGAGCCACAGGUGUAGAUACAGGCAACAUGAAGUCUAAUCUCACAGCACAGAAGUCAGGGACUACAGAACCUGAUGAGAUUGCUAAAUCUUUUGUGGUAGAAAUGAAUGGGGGACAUGAUUGCUCGCCACAAAAGAAACUUUUAUUGGAAGUGAAAAUAACUUUGGAAACGGUUGAAGAGUCUUUACAGAAACGUUAUAAAGAUAUCAGUGAGUUUCUACAAAGUGCACAUUGGUGUAACUCUCAAAUUGCAAAUGCAGCAUUGUUGACAAAAUCAGUGGACAGAGUAGGAUUGUUGAUUGAACAGAAAGAAGCUAUAAAGAACUAA